AUGGGCCGACGUAGCGUGGCUUCACAGGUGGAAGAAGCCAAGAAACAUGGCAUGCUUCACCUCAUUCAGUACCAGCUCACACGAGUACCGUCUGAACUCUUCUCGAAUACAUCUGGGUCGUCCUCAUCUAGUUCAUCCGGAGAAUUUACUACCACAUUGGUGCGACUCGAUCUCAGUUUCAAUCAGCUGGAGGGACCACACGCCAUUCCUGACGCGAUCGGAUCACUAGUUGCACUGCGUGAGUUUUACGUGAACAACAACCCGCGUCUGAAGCGACUACCAAGUUCGCUCGUCAACUGCACUAAGUUGCAAGAUCUUGACGCCAGUUCCUCAGCACUCGAGACACUUCCACAAGAACUUGGUCGUCUGCAACAUCUUCGCGUCAUCAACAUCGACGACACACCUUUGCAGCGUCGCUGGGUGUCUAAGGGCCAUCUCUUGAAGAAAAACGAGGACGAUGAGCCUCUGAUCUUCUCCCUUUCUAGCUACACCGAUCAACAAACAACUUCAACAUCAUGUCAGCAAAUACUGCGCAAAUUGCGACGGAAGGACGAGCGUGAGCAACUCAAACGCGAGUUGUUCGACCUUCUUCACGACAAAACAUACCGCCUCAAGCGUCUUGAUGACAGUGCUACAGCGAGCGCAGUACUCUACACCACGUUACGCCGUGUACUCAAGCUGUUCCCACAAGCCGUUGAUGUCCGCUCCUUGCUUCGCAACACCGAGCGUCUAUUCCCACAGGAGUUCUCAAUAAAAAAAAUCGAGAAUCUGGAUGCCACACGUAUACGCCGCGAGUUCGACGUACUGCGAACUGCCACUGAACGUAAGAGGCGCGCUGCUGACCUCGAGCUCAAGAUCCGCAACUUGUACUUUGAUCGGAUCGACCCCACGACGGUCGAAGGAAUGGUGCGCCAGAUCUACGACCACCUGACCGAACUGUCCGACAUCAAAUUUCUCAUCAAAUACGCGCCUAGAUUAUUCCCCAAGGAGGCACGCAGCGUCAACGGCGAACAGAUUAAACGGGAUCUUGUAGCCUUGCAGCAACAAUUCGCCCAAGAGCGUGCUGCUGCAGUCGACAAACUCCUGGCCGCCGUCAAAACUCUUUACAGCGACACCGAACCAGACAACGUACGCACUCUCGUCGAUAGCGUCGCUGCUCUCUUCAAGAAUACCAAAGAGCUGCUCAGUCUCGCCGCUGAUGCUUCAGCGCAUUUUCCAGCGGAUUUUCUGAACGCACAGCCAGCUGAAGUUCGUUCCAGUUUCUUGCGCAUGAAAGCCGAGGUCAUGGGAGGUAGCGGUGCCUCGAACGUUGCUGGCACUACUGGUCUCGUGCGCUAG